AUGAAGGUCAACCAGACAUUCAUACAGGAAUUCAUUCUUCUCGGCUUUUCACUUUACCCACAUGCACAGACAUUCCUCUUUGCGAUCAUCUUUUGUCUCUACUUUCUCACCGUGGCCGGUAAUCUGACCAUCAUGGGUUUAACUUGGGCAGACAGAUCUCUCCACAUACCCAUGUACCUUUUCCUUAGUGCACUCUCCUUCUCCGAGACAUGUUACACAUUAACCAUCAUCCCCAAGAUGCUGGCCGGUCUUCUGACCCAGAGCAGAAGCAUUUCUGUCAUAGGCUGCGGAUUGCAGAUGGGUUUCUUCCUGGGACUUGCUGGUACUAACUGCAUCAUCCUCACUUUAAUGGGCUACGACCGCUUCCUGGCCAUCUGCCAACCACUGAGGUACCCCUUUCUUAUGUCCAAUGUUGCCUGUGGAAGUUUUGUGGCCUCUGCCUGGGUUGCAGGCUUCCUUAUCUCUCUAAUAGAAACUGUGAAGAUAUUCAAGGGCUCUUUCUGCAGAUCCAACCUGGUCAAACACUUCUUUUGUCACAUGCGCGCAGUAGCCAAACUGUCCUGCACAGACAGUGAACACACAGAGUUCUUAGUCACAGUGAUUUCAGUGGGAGGUUUGCUGAGCACAUUGUUUCUUAUAAUCCUGACUUAUGUGUUCAUCCUUUCCACUGUCCUCAGAAUCCCUUCCACUGAGGGUAAACAGAAGGCCUUUUCCACGUGUGCCUCCCAUCUCACAGUGGUCAUCAUCCACUUUGGAUUUGCCUCUAUUGUUUUUUUGAUGCCAGAAACCUCAGGGGGUGAUGACACACUCAUUGCCAUCCCUUACACUGUUAUUACACCUUUCCUCAGCCCCAUUAUAUUCAGCCUUAGGAAUAAGGACAUGAAGAAUGCUUUCAAAAAGAUUUUAGGAAAAACACUUAUCAUAAAGCUGUAA